AUGGGACCUUCAAAACACGGCACCGAUAACAACCGGAGUAUCAAUAGUCAGACCCACACGCGCCACCAGCGCCUCCACGACGCUCUUAACCUAGGCACCAGAGUGUAUGGAGACAAGCCAAGGAGAUGGCAGUGUAAGGAUAUUGAGAUACAGAGGCAUGUGGUCCAAUCUAUUGCUGCGUUUCUCGAUUCCGUUUCUGGGGAUAAGCUGCACCAUCCGCUUUUGAAGGCUUCAGUUGCCGAUAUCGUUGCAGCAUUAGUCUGGAUACUUCAGUCCAAUAAGGGGUCCAUAUUGAGCAUGGCAGCAAAUGUGACAGUAAAAUUAGUUGGCCUUUUACCCAAAUCAACACUGCAGCUUGAUGCUUUGGAUCUCAUUAAUCCUCUGUCAUCUUUGUUAUCUGCCCAUCAAACAGAAGUUGCGAUAUCAUGUGCUGCAGCAUUGAAUGUUAUCCUUACAAAUCUCAGUAUGAAGAAUGCAAAAGAAGUUUGGGACAUCUUUGAGAAAACAGAAAGUGUAUCUCAAGUUAUCAGUAACUUACGGUCCUUUUCAGAAUGCAUGAAGCCAUUUGAAUAUUUUCAACAGAUGGCUUUACUAUUGAGUACAAUACUAUGGUGGUGGUCUCCAUCUAGGUUUUAUGUUUGGAGUGAUGCUAAACUAAUGGAAGAUUUGAAUGACAUGCUUAUAAAGCGAGAUGUUUAUCACAAAGUUGCUGUUUUGAAAUUGUAUUUCGCUGUAGCUUUAUGUGGUAAUGGGGCCAAGAAACUGUUAGAAGAUGGAGAGGCACUUCUGGAACAGAUGGUGCAAUGCAUGGGCAAUUCAUAUCCUUAUUCUGUUAGAAUUGAAGCAUUCAAGUUGGCACAGUGUUUAGCGGUAAGGAUUCUAUCUCUGUGUGACUGGAGCUCACAUUCUAAAAAGGUUACCAACGACCAGAUGUCUUUGCUAUUGGAGGCAUGCCGCUUGGCUCUGAUCACUCGUUGGGCAGGGAAGCAUCACAUAUACUUCUGGAAACAAGGGAUCGAUAAAAUUCUUCUCAACCUCCUCCUUGAAAAUAUUCACAACCAAUCGUAUGAAGAUUCCAUUUCAAUGGAAGAGCAGAUAGUUAUUGCUAAGAAGUGAAUCAGCAACAAGGGCAGUUCUGAUGAUGAUUUAUUCUCCCUGCAAAUACAUUGCAUCAAGGUGUCAUCUGGGAAUUUCGCAAUACCAGAUAAUCGCCAAAUUAUCAUUUAUUUGAUGGGAUUUAUAUGCUAUUCCCGUUUGGAAGAGUAUGAAGUCUGGAUUAUCAAACAGAAAGGGUUAAAAACACUAUUUGCUUUCAUGAAAUGGUGCUUAAGUAAUCACUUCCAAGUAGAAAGAUUGAGCUUUGCUCCCCAUUUGCAUAAUGCGUUCCAUGAGAAGAUUUGUUGUUCAAGUUCCAGAGACUGGGAAGGGAAAGAUAUUCUUUUGUUGUACAGUUUGUUGGGACUGGCUGAGUUGAUAAAGCAUUCUGGAUAUGUAGGAAAUGACCUAGACAGAACUGCCGGCAAGAAUACGUUGGCUCAUAUUGAAGCUGAACUAGUUAGUAAACUUCAGGACAUCUGUAACAACAAUGGUACCCCUGGGGUGCAAUGGUAUUCCGCAUACGUUCUGAGUUAUUUUGGGUUUUAUGGUUUUCCGAGUAACCUAAUGAAAAGGAUUGGGAAAGCAAUAAAUGAUAAGGAUUCUGCUGAUUUACAAUUCAUUCUCACAAAUGGAGAGUGUUGCAGUGUUCAUGGGGUGGUGCUUGCAAUCCAAUGUCCAUCGUUACUGCCUCCUGAAGGGCGGCUUCCUAGUGAGAUAACAUCUGAUCAUUCUUCAGUGACAGGCUCUAUGGAGAUUUCUAAAGAGUUUCAGAAAGACAUAAGACUAUCCGCUCAUGUCGAUCACCAAGCAUUGGUGAAGUUGUUGGAGUAUAUCUACUUGGGAUAUCUACAAGCAGAAGAUGAACUUGCAAAGAAGUUGAGGACUCUUGCCAAACGUUGUAAUUUGCAGCCUCUGUUACAGAUGCUUUGUAGAAAACGUCCAAAGUGGGGCACUGCUUUUCCCAGCCCUGAUCUCAGUGCAGCUCUUGGUCCAUCCGGACAUCGUUUCUCGGAUGUCAUCUUAGAAGCUAAAGAAACAAAGCUUUUGGGCUGGACAUGUGGUGUUUGCUCUUUAUCAGUGCCUCACAUGCAUGUUCACAAAGUUGUAUUGUCAGCAAGUUGUGAUUAUCUGAGGGCCUUGUUUGAGUCAGGAAUGCAGGAGAGCAAUUCACAAGCCGUAAAGGUCUCAAUCAGUUGGGAGGCAAUGGUUAAACUAGUUGACUACUUCUAUUCUGGUAACCUGCCAAAGCCUCCUUUGGGAUGUAUAUGGAAUAACAUGAACACUGAAGAAAAGUUAGAUGAGGUACAGCCAUAUGUAGAGCUUUUCUGGCUUUCUGAGUUCUGGAUUAUGGAAGAUGUUCAGGAAGCAUGUUCAGAUGUCAUCAUGUCAUGUCUUGGUUCUGCAAGAGAGUUGGCUAUCAAAAUACUACAAAUUGCUGCAAAUCUCUCUCUCUGGAACUUGGCCGAGGUUGCAGUGACUUAUAUGGCUCCUGUAUAUCGUCAGUUAUGUGAUUCUGGUGAACUCGAAACACUUGAUGAACUGCUGGCUGAUAUGGUUCGGCUAGCGUCAGUUCGAUUCUCCCAACAGGGUGGUGAUCAGUUUCAGUGAUUUGAUUCUCAUACUGAUUUGGAACUGUGAAAAUGACAACUUUUUCCAAGGUAGUGCGAUGGAGGAUUGUCCGGUACAUCAAUUUUGUUAUGUUCUUUUCUUGGGAACUUCUUGUAGAGUUAGACGACAGCCUCAUCAUUUAUGGACCUGAACCCAUAGAUUGCCUGCUUGAGAUGUACAAACUUUUACUUGAGGGUGAGUAAAGAGGGCACCAGAUCCCUUAACUUACACUCCUCCAUCUACACUGAUGCGUGGAGAUUGGAUAUUUGGGCUGAAACUUCAUCUAUGUUGAGGCUUGCUUCUUUGGUCUGAUGAUUUUCUAAGUAUUACAGUUGUUCUUGCAGUCAAGUUAUAAUUUUGAGCAGAUUACAGCUAUCAGACGUGUGUAUCAUUUCUUGGCAGGUUGUUUCUUCAAAUUCCUAUUUCCUCAGCUUCAUGCCUUCUCUCCCUUGCGGUACUAUCGUUGGUGAUGCUUGUACAUAAGUUCGGGUGGAUUUAGUGGAACAACCAUGAAGAAAGAAGAUCGUUGCGGCAAUUCUAUUACAAAAUGGAAUUAUAGAAUAAGGAGGAAGAGGAAAAACAAGAAUAGAUUUGGAAUUAACCAGGUGGCAAAGAAGAACCGAUACUGUCUGAAAAUAUGGGAAAGAGUUGCAUAGAAGAGGAGUAUUCACUCAAGAAGGGAAAUCAAAUGGGAGACACUUUUGAGGGGUUCGGUACGUUUGCUCGGUUCGGAUGUACAAAGUGAAAUCUGCUAAGUACUUGAUUAUGCGCUAAAGUAAAUAAAAAAGAAGAAGAGAAGCCUUCUGCAUCCCAGUCCAAAUCACUUCUCAUUUGUGAUUGUUGUUGUACUCCCCACUGCAUGGCUCACACCUGGUGAAGUUUUUGACAAAAGGCCCUCUGAAACUCUCUCCAGUGACCCCUUCAGAUAUUGUUUCCUCUUUGUACCAUAGAACUGGCUGAACUUCUCUGCAUGUCUCCUACUCAGCAUCUCCACCUAUGCAUGAAUCUCAGAUUACCCUUUUGUAAUGUUUUCAGACUUCACUUUUGCCAGCCAGUGCCAAUCAGGCCAUACUCACUAUUUAUGCAAGUCUUGUCCCACCAGUUUCUUUCCAUUUUACAAGAAGGUAUAUCAGAGCUGAUUGAGUCAUUCAGUGCCGCUGGAAAUAACUUACCUAUGAAGAUUGACUUUUGAAUUCAAGGAAAUUUUUACCCAAUGUCCGUGAAGAUUGCAUCUGAGUCGAUCCUCCAGAUCCACUCGGCCUCAAGAUGAGCCAACAUAGCAGCACAGAGAAGGGGGUUUUUGGGCCAGCUACCAGUUGCUCCUGGAUGCAACAAAACAUUGCUGUAGAAAAUGUCAUAGCCACGGAGUCUGCCAUUAUCAACUUCAUUCUUGAAUGUCUUAAGCAUCAAGUGAUCUCCAACAUGGUUUUAACGCACUUCGUGCUGAGACCUGGUUACCAUAAUAAACCUACCAUCAGCUGGAGUUGCAGCAAUAGAAGGUGGAAUGUUAAACCACUACUGUAUGCUUCUCAUCCCAGUCCUCCAUCGGUUCCCCAGCUCAAAUUUGGGUGAUUAUAGAAUGUAGGCUUGGAUGAUCUUCGAAACAGAUGACAUUCUGGUCAACCCAUUCUUAAGAGUGUUAUGAUUGCCUUGGAUGCCGGGACUGUAGUAUUGUAUAUUCGUAG